AUGUCUUCUCAGAUUUAUUAUAGAUAUUUCACUGAUUUUCAGAAGAAUCCCGAACGUUGGUCACUAGCAGAUUUUGACGCGUGGGCCAUUGCCAAUGUUCCUGGCGCCAACAUUAUAGUAGCACACCGAUCCUUUUAUAAGUUUUUGAAAACAGUGUGUGCAUCAAACGAAAACGGAAUCAACUAUACUCGUCGUCUGUUGGAGACAAAAAAGGGUGGGUUAGGCGGAGGUCCUCCAUUGCUGUCGUGUAUUUUCUCAAUAUGUGCAGUUGCUCUCCACGUCCAGAUGUUAAUAACCUUCACAUAUUUUGAUAAGGAUGAUGUAAAAGCAAAUAGAUCACUUUGGUAUAAUACAGACGCUUUGCAAAUGGUUUAUCAAGCAACCGAAGUCGUUAGGGCGCAUACUGAACUUGAUAAUCUCACAAUAAAUCGUGUCGGAAAGCUUAUCGGUCAAAAAAGAGGGGUGGAUGAUGACUCGGAAUUAGAAUCAGACUAUCUCUCAUCAGAGGAUGAACAAGAAAAGGAAUAUGCUAAUGAGCUACAUGUAGCCAAAAUCAUGAGAGAAAAAGAUGAAACAUUGACUAUAAUGAAUGUCAAGACAUGUACACCACACCCAAUACCAAGAGAUGUGCACCAUCUGGAACUAAUAUAUGUGAGUGAUGACUCUGAUGGGAGUGAUGAGGACUGUGAACCAAUACCAAAGUUAAAUAUAGAUGAAAUUGGAUUUGAUGAAUUUAUUGAUCAAGGGGAUGAACUGAUCAAAAAAUUCUCAAGAGAUACACUGGAGGAUCUGAGAAAAAAUAUCAAGUCAACAGUUCUUGAGAAGAAAAAAAUACCUAGAAACCUCAAGUCAAUCUUUCAAGAAUAUGUUGAGAUUGCUUUAGAUGAUGAUUAUGGAUUGGAUGAGCUUCGAAAAUCAAUCAUAGAGUCUUACUCAAAGAAAUUUGAUGACGCCGAAGAGAAUGAACUAUUCCUGAGGAUGCAGUUGUUAUUUCAACAACUGGCUGUUAACCUUCCAGUACGCCAGUUAAAAGAAAAAACGAGUGAAGGAACAUUAGUGGCUAAUUUUAUCAGUCCUAUAUUACGAAUGUUUUUCCAUAAUGCUUCUUGUCAUGCGACUGUAUGGCCGAAUACUGCCAGCGCAAGCGCAAAAGUUCGUAAGAUGGCAAAUAAUGACCCUUCUCGUGCGAAACAGCCCGACAUGAUCGGAGAAGUUAUUCAUAACGGGAAGUUUGCGUAUGAACUUAUGUUUGGGGAGGUUACAGGCGAUGGUAAUAACAACGACAAGAAGAAUAUUAUUGAUCUGAUUAGAAUAGGGAUUUUUAUGAAGGACUCCCUUGACCUGAUUCUGCAGAAAACAAACGUAAAUAGCGUUUUGUUCGGAUGGCAAUGUAUUGUGUUCAGAUGGACCGGCUACUUUAUGGUUUUAGUAGCACCUGGUAUUUAUGUAAUGAUUGAAGUUGGCAAUGUAGACUUGCCAAAGUCGUUUGAUACUUGUGCCACAUUUCUCAGUGGAUUAGAUACCCUGCGAACAUUUCAGAUGGCGUAUGAACGAAUUGCAAAAGAAGUCCUUUCGGCGAUAAAUAAGGAUCAAGAAUCUGAAAGUGCUAAGUCAAAACAAUGGAAUCGACCGACUCUUUCAACGCCGGCGUUUAAAAAAAUUAUCCGUUUAUGA